UGGAUCACAAAUUGGAACAAAAAUGGAAUUUUGGUUUGAGUUAGUUCUAAAAAGUCCAUGUGAAGUUGACUCAAGGACUGGAUCCAACAAGCUUUUUAACAACCCUACGAAGCACACAUUUUGUGCAUAUUACAUGUAG